AUGGUUGCACUUUGGAACGAUGACGCGCGAUUUGUCCUUAUUGAAGAAAUCCGAAAACGACACGAAAUUUGGGAAUCGCGAAAAGAACGAUAUGGUUCAACUGAACGGAAGAAGGAAUUAUAUUUAGAAAUCGCUGAAACAAUUAAUUCUUGUUGCGUGGCACCUUCACAGAUUUUCACAGAAGAUGAUGUUCGGACGCAGUGGAAAAAUCUUAAAGAUACUUUUAAAAGGAAGAUGAAAAAGCGUCAGGCUGACAUUGAAGCGGGUGUUGAAGACACUGAACCGACAUGGAGAUUUUGGUCAAAAAUGCUUUUUAUUAAUCAACCAGUAGAGCCUUCACCUUUAGGAAUUAAUGGGAAUUCUAAUGAUGCUUCAAAUUCACUGGAAUCAUUAUUAAGUUCUCUGGUCGAAAAACAAAUCACGGAUGAAAGUAAUAGUUUCGAUGGAGCUGGUCUAAAUACAAGCAAACUUCCACUAACAUCAAUGAAUUGCGAUAGUUUUCAAUAUAACACGAAGGAAAUGCAUCCGAAUCAUCAAGUUAUAUCAUCGGAUGAUACUGAAGCUAAUUCGCAGCAUUACUCUAUUCAGUCUACGAUUUCUUUAAAUCAAUCACCACGAAAAGCGCAAAAACGGCGAACGACUGAUUUCGACGAGGAUUUUGCUAAAAAUAACAUCGAAGAUGAAUUCACAUGGUUUGGUAGAAUUGUGUCGGUCACAUUACGGCGUUUUUCCGAAAUUGAUAAAAUUUUGGCGUUAAAUGUGAAAAAGCAGAUAUUUGAUCUGAUUUACGACUAUGAAGUAAAACAGUUACUUCAGCAAAGAAACAUGGACCAAUAA